AUGUCGUACAACCGCCUAGGACCUCAGGGCGGGCCCCUUGACCCCUUCGACGACGAAUACGCCGAUAUGGAUCGUCGGAGACCCGUACCUGGACAUAGCCCGUCACCAGGCUCUCAACUUCAGUCCUACCAACUCGAAGACAGGUCGUACUCGCCACAUGGCGCGCCGCUAGAGAUACCCAUGGGCCCUGGGCCCGGUCCCGGCACACCAAGCGACAGACUGCAAUCGCAGCCAACGUACUCCGUCGAGAACAUCAACAACUCCUACGGCCAUAAUGAAGCCUACGACGCCGAUCACCGCUACACGCAAAGGCCGCCAUAUCACUCAGAGAGCAGCGGCGACUGGGCUAUCUCCCCGCAAGAGCACCACGACGCCUACUACAACCCGCCAUAUAACCCCUCUCCGCCUGACGAGGACCGACCUUUGGCACACUACCCUGGCGAGGCUGAUGGCCGAUACUGGCAGGAUGAGGAGGACGACAGGCCCGUUCUGCAGCCGGACAAUGCGUAUGGCCCGGAUCCGCACAACAUGUUGCCCACUCCACAAGACGAGCAUCCGCCGCAAGGCGCGUACCAAGAUGAACCGCACAGACCUACCCCCAGUCCAAAACCGAUUAGGAGGUGGAAGACUGUUAAGGAAGUGCAGCUGUUCAAUGGCAAUCUCGUGCUUGACUGUCCAAUUCCGCCACGACUGCUCAACCAAGUGCCGCAUGCGCAGCCUCCUGAGCGCGACGAGUUCACCCACAUGAGAUAUUCGGCGGCGACCUGCGACCCUGGCAAAUUCUUUGAGGAGCGGUUUACUCUGCGCCAACGACUGUUUGCAAAGCCUAGGCAUACGGAGCUGUUCAUUGUCAUUACCAUGUACAAUGAGGAAGAUGAGCUGUUUGCUCGAACCAUGACUGGUGUGAUCAAGAAUAUUGAGCACAUGAACUCAAGGACCAACAGCAAGACGUGGGGUAAAGAUGCCUGGAAGAAGAUCGUUGUCUGUGUAGUCAGCGAUGGCCGUGCUAAGAUUAACCCUCGAACAAGAGCGGUGCUGGCUGCUAUGGGCGUCUAUCAAGAUGGCAUUGCUAAGCAGCAAGUCAACGGCAAGGAUGUUACCGCGCAUAUUUACGAGUAUACCACGCAAAUGAAUCUAGAGAUCAAGAAAGGUGUGGUCAAUGUCAAGAAAGGCAACACGCCAGUGCAAAUGCUGUUCUGCCUGAAGGAAAAAAACCAGAAGAAGAUCAACUCCCACCGCUGGUUCUUCCAGGCCUUCGGUAGCGUGCUUGACCCGAAUAUCUGCGUUUUGAUCGAUGCCGGUACCAAGCCAGGCAAGGACUCCAUCUACCAGCUGUGGAAAGCCUUUGAUGUCGAGCCAAUGUGCGCGGGCGCGUGUGGUGAGAUCAAGGCUAUGUUGGAGCACGGCAAGAAACUUCUGAACCCUCUGGUCGCGACUCAGAAUUUUGAGUACAAGAUGAGUAACAUCCUCGACAAACCCCUUGAAUCAGCCUUUGGAUUUAUUUCCGUACUUCCGGGCGCCUUCUCAGCAUACCGGUAUAUCGCGCUACAAAAUGACAAGACCGGCAACGGACCCUUGGAGAAGUACUUUGCGGGCGAGAAGAUGCACGGCGCGAACGCAGGCAUCUUCACGGCUAAUAUGUACCUCGCCGAAGACCGUAUCCUCUGCUUCGAGCUCGUGUCAAAACGCAACUGCAACUGGAUCUUGCAGUAUGUCAAGUCUGCCACUGGCGAAACCGACGUCCCGGUCGAGAUGGCCGAUUUCAUCCUGCAACGGCGAAGAUGGCUCAACGGAUCCUUUUUCGCCGCCGUCUACGCGCUUGCGCAUGCUCUUCAGAUAUUCCGCAGUGGCCACUCCUUUAUGCGGAAAAUGAUGUUCCUGGUUGAAUUCUUUUACCAAACUAUCAGCAUGAUCUUCGCUUGGUUUAGCAUCGGCAACUUCUUCCUGGUCUUCCGCAUCCUGACACAGGCGCUCGGCGAAGACAAUCUCCUUGGUACGCCUGGUAAGGUCCUGGGUGUCGUGUUCCAUUGGGCAUACAUGGCUACACUGAUAACAUGCUUCGUCCUUGCGCUAGGAAACAGGCCGCAGGGGAGCAACAAGUUCUACAUGACAAUGGUGUACUUUUGGGUGCUCAUCAUGGCAUACCUGUUGUUCGCCUCAUUCUUCAUCUCGGUCAAAUCUGUUCAAUAUGAACUCGCCGAUGGCCAGUUCAAGGUCACCGACCUCUUCACCAAUACUCUCUUCUUGACGUUGAUUGUCUCCACGCUCUCCACUUACGUCCUCUACUUGCUCGUCUCCAUCCUUUUCCUCGAUCCCUGGCACAUGUUCACCUCCUUCAUCCAAUACCUCCUCCUAACACCAACCUACAUCAACAUCCUGAACGUCUACGCCUUCUGCAACACCCACGACAUAACCUGGGGUACAAAAGGCGACGACAAGCCCGAGAAGCUGCCCUCUGUAACCACCAAGCCCGGCGGCAAAGUCGACUUCGACGCCCCCUCCGACGAUGCCGACCUCAACACGGCCUACGAAAAAGAACUCCUGGCCUUCUCGACGAAAUACGUCGAGCCGAAGAAAGUGCAAACCGCCCAGGACAAGCAGGAGGACUACUACAAGGGCUUCAGAAGCAGCGUGGUGCUUGCGUGGAUGUUCUGUAACUUGGCGCUGUGUGCGGUGGUGCUGACGACGGCGGGAUUGGGGGUCACGAUCAAGGAGGGGGAGGAGGAGUCGGAGAAGACGAGGAGGGCGACGUUUUAUAUGAUGGUCGUGCUGUGGAGUGUGGCUGCGCUCAGCGCGUUUAGAUUUGUGGGCGCGAUGUGGUUUUUGAUUGUUAGGAUGUUCCGCGGCGUAUAA